AGGUAGUGAAAGCGUUUCCUCGCUUGCCUCGGUUUCAGCCAAAUUUUCACUAUACUGUAGUAGCCGCUGUCAAAGUAUCUUUGCAUUUGGCCUGGAGCCUCCCAUACCGGCUGAGACUUGUAAGCCCCUUCUUCCACUGACCGUCUUACGCCGACGCGCCAUGAAAACAAACCACUCUUUCACUGUCGAGGAGCGGAACGUGGUCUCAGGCACUCAUCAGCCUCCGCCCCGUCGCAGUCGGCUGAAGCAAACACACUGGCGCAGCCACAGCAAUCGCUCCCUCCCUCCGCUGUCUGCCUGGCUGCCUCCGCCACCACCGCCAUGGACCGCCCACGGAGGACUCCGACAUUCUCAUUGCCCGACGCCGUAUUGACUUGAGGCCGGGCGAGACGCGACCCCGUGCGGCCACUGGUUCCGCCUGGUGCGCCUCAAGACCUCAGCGCGACCGCCGCCCGAGUCGCGAUGUGGGCUUGGGAACCGGUCAGGCAGAAUGGUAUCUCCACCCGUGACCGGAGGAAGCUCCGGGCUCGCGAAUAAUGUCGGUCAAUUUAACCCUCCGACGGCCUGCGCGGUGUGAUGCGUCGUCGUCUGCGCGAGUUCUCUGUGUGAUCGAGCCUCCAUGAUCUCUUUACAAUCAUAAGUCGGAGAGCCCAGCGAAGCGCUGAACCCCCGCCGUCUACUCGUCGACACUACGCUCCGUCAUAGACAAAUCAUGCUCAUCCGGACACCCAUCGAGUCAGGCAAGCACCGCCUUCUCGCGUGCGAACGAAAGAUAAUAGUCGGCAUCGACUUCGGCACCACGUACUCGGGCGUCGCCUGGGCAGAGACCCAACGACCCGACAGGCGUGUCGCUGUGUCCGCAUGGCCCAUCAGCAGGUCGGCCCGCGAGGGCGAGUCCUCGGAUAAGGUGCCCACGAAACUGAGAUACACCAAGGGCGGCCACGUACAAUGGGGUUUCGCCAUCCCAGACACGGCGCCGCAGGACGAGGUGAUGGAGUGGUUCAAGUUGUACUUGGAUCCUUGUCUGGAAAAGACCAGCCAACUGGUCGCGGCCGAUACAGGCCGUGAGACCAGCAGCGCUGACGAACUCGUCACCGACUACAUGUCUGCCCUGAACGAGCAUCUCCUGUACACCCUCCGCGAGAAGCUUGGAGACGCCGUGGUAAAAACCACGCCCCUGGAGUUCGUCGUGACGGUGCCAGCCAUAUGGAGCGACAUGGCCAAGGACCGGACGAGGAAAGCGUGUCAGAGGGCCUUCGGUGGUCCUUCAUCGGCCAGCUGUCUAGUCCAUCUAGUCUCAGAGCCGGAGGCUGCCGCCAUAUACGCGUUGCACGGCCUCGACCACCACGGCCUGCGAGUUGGCGACACCAUCACCGUCGUUGACGCUGGCGGCGGUACAGUAGACUUGAUAUCGUACACGAUCACGGGGCUGAAGCCGAUCCUGCAGGUCCAGGAGGCGGCGCCUGGGUCCGGUGCGCUUUGCGGUUCAGCCUUUCUCAACAUGCGCUUCGCCAAUUAUCUCAGGGUCAAACUAGGGAAAGAAGUUGGUUUUGACGAGGAAGUCCUAUCCGAAGCCGUGGAGGCUUUUGAGAGGAAAAUCAAGCGCCAAUUCACGCUCGGCACCGAUCCGAACGACUCGUUCGCCGUCCCCGUAGGCGGCAUGGCCAACAACAAGGCUCUGGGUAUCGCACGCGGACGUUACGCCAUGAAAGCCUCUGACCUCUCCAUCAUCUUUGAGCCGGUCGUUCUCGAGGUCAUCAAGUUGAUCAAGGAUCAAAUAUUCGCCAGCGGCGCCGCGCCAGUCAAGGCCGUCCUCCUCGUGGGCGGUUUCGGCGCCUCGCAGUAUCUCAAGGAGCGUGUCCGCGACGCCAUCGUCGACCGCCGCAUCCAGAUCCUGCAACCGCCAAACGCCUGGCAGGCCGUGGUGCAGGGCGCCGUCAUGAAGGGCCUCGCCGACAGCGCGCCCGAGCAGCUCACCAUGGUGCAGGUGAGGAACCGCCAGGCGAGGAAGCACUAUGGCACCGAGUGGAGGACAAAGUACGACCCGAAGCUGCAUUCACACCUGAGGAGUAGACGACAUUGGUGCGGCCUCGAAGGCUGCUACAAGGUGUACGGCAUGGAGUGGUUCAUCCGACGGGGCGAUCGAGUCUCCGAAAACGAGCCUUUUUUCACCUCCUUUGUCUGGACCGGCCUGGUAAGCCAAGGGCGCAUCCAAAAGAUCAAGAUGGACAUAUACUGCGACGCCGACUGCGCCCCGAGAGACGCACCCGUCACGCGCGACGAUCGCGUCCGGCUCCUCGCCCGCGUCGAGGCAGACGUGAGCCACAUCCCCGAGCGCCUACUCGAUCGCCGCCGCGGCCGUGACGGGCAAUGGUACUACGUCCUCCGGUGCAGGAUCGAGGCCGUCUACCUCUCCGCGUCGACGACGUACACGCUGUUGUAUAAGGACAAGCGGUACGACACUGUAACUUGCGAAUACGUCUAGACGUACAAUUAGAGCUAGACCAGCCACAAGCCGGCGCUGAUUAUCCGCCACGGUUCCGAGAACGAUGCCUCAGGAACAAGGGCCCGUAGACAAAAGGCAAACAAGUAGCCGCCUCACACGAGACGGAGAAAGCAGUACACAGGAG